CUGCCAAUCAGGCUCACGUCACUUCCUUCUCCAGGCUGCUGCUGCUGCUAUUUUGCUACUACAGUUGACGAGUCCGUCAGCGGAGAAGCUCGCGCUACGGGAAACGAGGAUUUCUCGGUCGCGCGCCAGGGACCGUGCAUUUAUUUGGCCUCCAGGGGCGGGGCCGGGACCGGGACGGCAGCUUCACGCUUGUUACCCUCGGCUGACGCCGCUCGAGGACCAGCCCUGAAGAGCCGAGCGGGACCUAGUCAAGCCGGGCCCUCGAAAGGAAAAAGCCGGAGAAACCUGCUGCUGAAACUGAGGGCCGAGGGGAAAGUCACCCGGCAACGAUUAAUAGCUGAGAUACUGAUCAAGUUCUGCCCUUCUUCAAUGAGGAACUACAGGCUGAUCUUCUGCCAUAACCUUAAGCAACCAUAAAUGACAAAAGAAUGCUUGGUCAGUAAAGGUAGCUGGCAGAGAAAGUAUUUUGUGAACAUAGGUGUUUAAGUGCUGUGAGAAAGACACUUUGACAUUGGGCUGCAUAAAGAUAUGAGGAAGAGCUCCUCCCCUUCUUUGAGUAAUUGCAACUCUGUUCUUACUAAUAAAAUAUUUGGAAUUCCACUUGAUGAACUGCAGCAGGAAGGGCAACCAGGCAGUGAAGUUCCAUUCAUAGUCCGCCAUGUCGUGGACUAUAUUGAGGAACAUGGAGGUCUAGAGCAAGAAGGACUUUUUCAAGUCAACGGGAAUGCAGAAACAGUGGAGUGGCUUCGGCAAAGAUAUGAUAAUGGAGAAGAUGUCGACCUGGUUAAAGAAGCAGAUGUACCUUCUGCUAUUAGUCUUCUUAGAUAUUUUCUUCAAGAACUUCCAGAACCAGUUAUUCCUGGCACUCUUCAUAUGCAUUUGAUACAACUGCCUCAAGAUUAUAAUGAAGAUGAAUUUGGAAGAAAAUUAAGAUUCCUCUUGCAACAGCUUCCACCUGUGAAUUACAGUUUAUUAAAGUUUCUGUGUAGAUUUUUAGCUAAUGUAGCAUCACAUCAUGAAGAGAUUUGGUCUGCAACUUCAUUGGCUGCAGUUUUUGGUCCUGAUGUCUUUCACAUUUACACAGAUGUGGAGGAUCUGAAAGAGCAAGAACUUGUUAGCAGAAUAAUGGCAGGACUGCUAGAGAAUUAUGAUGAACUCUUUGAAAAUGAAGAGGAAGAUUUCUCAUCUAAUGAUUUAAGUUCAGUAACUGAGCAGAUAAAUGAUUUGUUGGAUGAAGAUGAUAUAAAGCUUGAGCAGUCUGAAGAACUGCCAGAAGAAGAGGAAGAAGAAGAAAACACAGAGGAUCCAAAAUACAGGGAAGAUACAGAGUCUCAAGAUAUGAUGGAGAGCAUCCUGGAGUCAUGUAGUGUUUCAGCCUCAACAAGUGCUCAUCUCUCAAGUAUCUUGCCAGCUUCUGCAGACAUCUUGGAAAGAACAAUUAGAGCAGCAGUAGAACAACAUCUCUUUGAUCUGCAGAGCAGCAUAGAUCAAGAUCUUAAGAAUUUACAGCACCAAGUGGUGUGUCAUGAAGGAGAUAUUGAGGAAGAUGAAAAAGGAUCUAACAACCGGGAUGAUACUGAAAAGAAUAUUACUAAAGAUUAUGAGAAUCUUGGAGACUGCUCUGAAACAGUGAAUUGCACUAAAUUAGACAGUGAAAUUAUACAACCUGUGUCUGAGGAUAAAGAAAAUUAUCAGGCUGCAGGCGUAUUGUUGAAGCCAUGUGAUGAUGGAGGUGAAGAUAAAGAACCCUUUGGAAAUAAGCAAGACUGUAUAUUGUUUGAUGAUGGUAGCAAAAUGACAUCACACAUGAUUCUGGAUUGUGUUAGCAAUAUUUCUGAUCAAAAUAUGAAAAAUGAAUUGGAGGAAUUGAAAAACCGAAAUAACAAUGCUCCUGAAGCAACACUGUGUGCCUCUUUACCACAUCUUGAUUUGAAGAAUGUGAAUGGUGGUGACAAAUGGGAAGAUAGCUUGAAAAAGAUAGCCUCUAUACCUCAUGCAAUCUCGCCAUGCCCUAUCACUUUUCCCCUCAUUGAUUUCAAAACAAUGCAUCUACAGAGAGAAGGGGAGGAGCCAUUCCCAGCUUUUAAAUCUUGGCAGGAGGAAAAUGAAUCUGGAGAAGCUCAGCUUUCUCCACAAGCUGGAAGAAUGAAUCAUCCUCUGGAAGAAGAUAGUCAUCCCAUAUUGGCACAUCGGAGUUUGGAUUUUGGACAAAGUCAGCGUUUUCUGCAUGAUCCAGAAAAAAUAGAUUCUUCAUCUAAAGCCCUUUCUUUUGUUAGAACUCGAAGAGCAGCAUUUAGUAGUUCUAAGGAAGAUAGAAAGGAAGAAAAGACUCCAUAUCAGCUAGUCAAAAAGUUGCAGAAAAAAAUAAGACAGUUUGAGGAGCAAUUUGAGAAAGACAAAAACUUCAAGCCUUCAUAUUCCGAUAUUGCAGCAAAUCCAAAGGUUUUAAAAUGGAUGACAGAGCUUACCAAAUUAAAAAAGCAAAUAAAAGAUGCAAAGCACAAAAGCUCAGAUGAAUUGAUACCUCAGGCACGUCCACGAAGCAACACCCUUCCAAAAAGUUUUGGUUCAUCUCUGGACCAUGAAGAUGAAGACAAUGAAGAUGAUCUGCGUGUUGCUCAGAAGAAGCCUACAAAAGAAAUCACUGUUGAGCUAAUUUUAAAAAAAUUGAAAGAAAAGCGAAUUGAAAGAUGCUUGCCAGAAGAUAUAAAAAAAAUGACGAAAGACCAUCUUGCAGAAGAAAAAACAUCACUUCAAAAAAGUCUCCUUUUCUAUGAAAGUCAGCAUGGACGUCCGGUUUCCAGAGAAGACAGACAUACUGUUAGACCCCUCUAUGACAGGUACAGGCUUGUGAAGCAGAUGUUAACUCGAGCGAGUAUUACUCCUAUUCUUGGAUCACCAUCAACUAAAAGGCGUAGCCAAAUGUUGCAACCUAUCAUAGAAGGAGAAACAGCCCAUUUCUUUGAGGAAAUUAAGGAAGAGGAAGAAGAUGGUGAUAUAUCUUCCGAAUUGACUGAUAUUUUAAAAUCCAGUGCCCAAAUACAUCCCAUUGCUACUAGCCCUGUUGAAAACUCAGAAUCUGAUGUUGAAGAAAGUCAAGAGAAACUAACUCGAGAGCUUCGACUUUCUAGUAUCUGUGCAGCUUCCAUGCCUGAAUUAUUAGAACAACUUUGGAAAGCCAGAGGUGAAAAAAAGAAAUUGCGCAAAACCCUACGGGAAUUUGAAGAAGGAUUUUAUCAACAGAACGGGAGGAAUGUUCAGAAGGAGGAUCGUGGACCGUUGCUUGAUGAGUAUCGCGAGUACAAGAAAGUUAAAGCUAAACUCCGUCUUCUUGAAGUCCUUAUCAGCAAACAAGAUCCAUCAAAAUAAAUUAUGUUUCUUCGUAACAAUGAACAGUUGUUGUCAUAUGCUGCCUGUAGUACUGUUAGGGGUAUUCUUUUGUCUUGCUUUGUUGAAAGAAUGCAAUUUUUGUACACUUUAGAAGGACGGAUAGGUCCUAUGGUAGGUCCUAUCUAGAAAGUUAAUGAAAAAAAAAUUAAAUUGCAACUCAAUCUGUCCAACUUUAAGGGUGUUUUUUUUUCCUCAUUUUAAAAAGUUACAAUGUGUCUCGUUCUCAAAAGACUUUAUUCCAGAAUCAUUCAGAAAUGUUGGACCUGCUAACUUCGCUUCAUCUGCAUUUAUUAGUAUUACACUGAACUCCUCUGUUGCCUUUUUAGUAUGGAAAAUAAUGGCAGCCAAUUAAGAAUACUCCAGAACAUCAAAAAGGAACUGCAAUGCCUUUCAAAGGACUGUGUGGCAUAACUGAUUGCAAAUGGCAUCCUUUGUAUAGUAGAAUGAUCAAUGGAUACUGAAAUAUAAAGUACAUUUUCCGGUUUCAGAUGACAAUGGACAAACCAGAAAGUGACCUUGCUUGUUGUAUUUUUAAAACUUGGAAAAACCUGAACAUUUAUAUCACAUAUUGCCUACAAGACUUACAUUACUGUUAAUUUCUAUUUAUUGUCUACCGGUGACUGUGUAGUCUGAAUUGGAGACUGCAUUUUACCCUUGUGUUGGUGCUCAGAUUCAUUCAGUUCAGUAAGCUUACACCACUUUUGCUGUAUCUGAAACAAACUUAUUUUACCAAGGGCUACAAUUAAUGUAAUUAUGUAUUGAACAAGCUGGACAGAACUAGCUUUGAAAGAAACCUUUCUACUUUGAUUCACAGAAAUGGAAAGAGAAGUGAUCUGCCUCAAAUAGGUAUCACGCAAUUUUUGCAUGUCAAAGCUUCAGAACCAAGGGUUUUUUUUUUAACUGAUGUUUUCUUUGCCUAGUAUGCAUAACACAAGAGCAGCCGAUUUUUUUUUUAAAAAAAAAACUGCAUUCCAAAAUCCUUCUAAAUGAGUUUAGUAGCUACAUAUGAGAUACAGUACAGAGGAAAAGGGCUUAUAUGGAAUCCUUUGCACAUAGGCCCUGCUUCUGUGGUUUGACUGGAUUGAAUCUUAAGUGUUGAAUACCUUCCGGAUCUAUUUUGUCUUGUGGCCAUGUUUUUGCAUGUGCCUAUUUGCUGCAUGUGUUAUGAACAGCUAAUGCCAACACAAAUUGUUUUUCAUUGCUUUUCUGAAAGACCAGAAAACGAACUUCAGUGAAAUAGUGGCAUGUAAACACAUCAGAUUGAUGUGUUAACAUGUAAUAGGUAGAAAAUAGAUUUUAGAGACUCCAUACUUCUAUAGGUUGUGUUUCUUGUUUUUAUUGUAAUUCUAGGCAUGUAAUUUUGGAACUCAAAAGUGACAAUUAAAAUGAAUUUAUACUCUUAAUGUUUUGCCUUUUUAUACAGCCUGAAGAGUUUUAGUGGACUGUAGUGAAUUACAAGAUUUGGAAACAAUCUGGAGAUUUUCCAUAGCUUUUGUUCAACUUCAUCGUGCAAUGUACAUUUCAAUUACUUUCCCAUCAAUUUGCAAUCACUGGUGCAUCUAACAUCAAAACCUAUGUGUACUGUAUAGUGUUGUACAUGUUUUAUUUACCACAUGCAAAAUGUCAAUAUGCACUAUUUAAAUGUUUGUUUUAAAUAAUAUAUUCCUCCUUUAUAAUGCUUAAUUCUAUAUGAUCCCAAUAUUUUUAUAAAGAGUGAUCAAAUUGGUUCCACUUCAGAAUCAACAGCUGCUUUUGUGUGUGCUUUGCAGUGUUUGGCUGUUUGUUUGUAGCAAGCAUGGCAUCAGUUAUGCUAAGAGUGUGUGUUGUGCCAUUUUAUUGAGCAAUAAAUGGUAGAAUUAGGCAUUUUGUGAUAACACAGUUUUACUUUCGUAUAAGUAAAAACUAUAUGUGGAUAUAUAGAUAUAAAUAUAUAUAUAUAUAUAAAUAAACCAGAUAUGAAUGAUUGCCAUGUCUGGCAUUUCAUUGUAUAGAUUUUUAUAAUAAAAAACUUCUAUUGUCAUA